AUGACUUUGAUUUUCCCAAUUGUGACGGAUAACCAAAAAGCCGUGCUGGGCGUGGCUAUAACUUUUACCAUCUUGGCUGUCACCGCCGUGUGCUUGCGCCUGCUCGCUCACCACAUCGCGCGCAAGAGAUGGACCCCAAGUGAUUAUUUCAUAAUUACUGCUUGUACCUUCGCCGUAGGCCUCGAGUCCAUCACCAUCACCGGGGUAGUACAAGCCGGGAUCGGCUACGGCCACACAGUGUCCAUUGUGGAGGCUUAUGGGGAGGAGCCUAUCACGAAGUUGCUACAACUGAUUAUCCCACUACAAUUUACAUGGGUCCUGAGCCUGAGCUGCACCAAAAUCUCCAUCCUGUGCCUUUAUCUCCAGAUCUUUCCAGUGACUUGGGUUGUGUGGGUUUCUUGGACUACAAUCGUAGUCAUUGUGGUCUGGGCCAUUGCAACAAUACUCGCUGGGUUUCUGGUCUGCCGGCCAUUUGCUUAUAACUGGGACCAGACUAUCCCAGGGGGGUCAUGCGGAAACCAAGUCACCUCUUUCACGGCGACGGGAGUCAUCAAUCUUCUCACCGACGUGGCCGUGCUUCUGAUCCCCAUGCCGCUACUUUACCGACUACAGAUGCCUACCUACAAGAAAGUGGCUUUAAUUGCUGUCUUCGGCUUGGGGAUAAUCACCUGCGUCGUCAGUAUCAUGCGCAUUGCCGCACUCUCUACGAUGAGCUUCACGGACAUUACCUAUAGCCUGCCCCGCGCCAAUAUCUUCAGUGGCGUUGAGCCCUGUCUUGCAGUUGUCACUGCUUCGAUCCCCUUGAUGCGUCCUUUGCUAGGGCGCUCUGUAUACACACCCGAGUCCUCGACCCGGCCGUCCAAGUUGUCAGGUUCAUCUCCCAGAGCUGGUCUCACUGCCGGCAACGGAUCUCAGCCAAUGGAUGAUGAAACGAGCCAGCUAUGGAUGCGACCGAUAGGGACAAAUCCAGAGGUUGAUAUCGAGAUACAGAAGUCUGAUUCGUUGGGGGAUCUGAGCGUUAGGAGUGAAGAAACAGUCGGAAGCAGUCAAUCCAGGCGAAGACUAGAGUGA